UUCUACGUUUCCUAAAAGCCAAAUAGGCGUAAAUCCGCGCAGAUUUCUCGGAGAGACCGUGUCUGUUCCGCGGUUGGAAAUCGACAUAGACGAUCGGGACUCCGCGUCAGUUUCCGAGUGCCUUCUCCGAUCGAUUUCACCGCCGGCGUUAAUACUUCGGGGAGGAUUUGUGGCGAAUUGGCGGACACAGCAAGCACGGCGCACCAUCUCCCGGCGGCAAGAUCAAAGGAAUGCAAGCAAACAAAGCCGCUAUCAUCUGGGCACUUCGUCAAACCAGGGGCGGCCAGGCCAGCAGGUCACCACCGAGCGACAAUGCCGCAGCUCAACGGUAGUGGCGGCGACGAUCUAGGGGCGAGCGACGAGACAAUCUCCUUCAAAGACGAGGGGGAGCAAGAAGAAAAAUCGGCUGAAAACGUCUCUAACGACCUCAGCGAUAUCAAGUCCAGUUUAGUCAACGAGUCGGAAAGUUCUCAGAGCGGCGCGGUACCUUCAGAGGGUUCCAAGCCACCGUUGCAAAGUUAUCCCAGGGAGGACUCCAGAAGAGGGGACGAAGGAAGCAAAGCAGAGAGUGUACCAGUCGUCAGCCGGGGACCAGCAUAUCUUACUCCUGGUGGAGUUAUAGUUUCCAAUAUGGGCGUCUACCCACAUCCAAAUGGCUCUUUAGCGGCCAGUGCAACGUCGAACAAAGUCUCAGUUGUACACGGUCCCCCACAUCCCGGGCCUCUAACGCAAUUGAUGAUGUAUAGCAACGAGCACUUUGCACCAGGCACGCCGCCACACAUAGGGGUCCCACCAAACUCCAUAGAAGUCGAUCCCAAAACAGGCAUUCCAAGGCCACGACACCCGGCAGACUUACCUCCAAUGUACGCCAUUCCGCCAAAUCAGCUUCCUCAGCUGGGGCCGUCCUACCCAAAGAUCGAAGAGUACCAUUCCCAAGCACUAUGGCAGAGCCAGGGUGUUUACCCCAUCAGUGCAGCAGGGUACAGACACCCCUACCCUACAGCCAUCGCUGUCAAUGCCACCAACAUGCCUAGGGAGGAACCAAUAGGACUGAGGGAUGAAGCAGGUUAUUUCCUUCUCGGCAGGUACCCCGUGCUGCAGCACCCCCACCACCCAGGCAUGCCGCCCACGGGGAUCCCCCACCCUGCCAUCGUCAGCCCCCACGGGAUGAACCUCAAGCACGACCCCUCACAGAUGCAUCAAAAGCAAGACCAGAAGAAAGAGCCAGAAAAGAAGAAGCCACAUAUCAAGAAGCCUCUCAACGCAUUCAUGCUGUACAUGAAAGAGAUGAGAGCGAAAGUCGUUGCAGAGUGUACGCUAAAGGAGAGCGCGGCAAUCAACCAAAUUCUAGGAAGAAGAUGGCACGCACUACCACGAGAAGAGCAGGCCAAGUAUUACGAGCUGGCAAGAAAGGAGCGGCAACUCCACAUGCAGCUUUACCCCGGCUGGAGUGCCCGGGAUAAUUACGUACAGGGGAAGAAGAAGAAGAGGAAGCGCGACAAGCAGCAGGGAGAUACGUCGGAAGUGUCCAACCCGAAGAAGUGCCGGGCGCGGUUCGGAUUGGAUCAGCAGCAGGCCUGGUGCAAGCCUUGUAGGAGAAAGAAGAAGUGCAUUCGCUAUAUUGGCGAUGACGGAGACUCCGACGACGCCUCAACGCCCGGAACCGCCUCGUCCCCGCUCCCGUUACCUCAGCAGUCCCCCAUCGCCCUGACCACCUCCCCCUUCCCUGUAAUCAGCCAUGCCGCAGAUCUCUCCAGCACCAUGGCUGGCCCCAUCAACCUUAGCCAAUCAUCAAAUGCCGCCACGUCGUCAGCAACGUUAUCAACAUAUGGUUCUGAACUGUCAAAAACAGUACCUUCAUCGAACAAUACGAUAUCAGUAUCAACUCCCUCAGCGUCGGUAUCAACAACGUUACCACAUUCAACAGGGUCAAGCAGCUCUUCACAGUCAAUAUCAAGUCAACCAAACAAGUCAACGCCCAACACGUGAUCCCCACUUGUCUGCGGGAAGCUGUAUCAUACUUUUGGAGGAGGGGGGGUGUGUUUGGAAAAAAUAUUUUAGGUGCCAAAAUUCACCUUUAAGGCCAUUAUUGUAAGAUGUUUGUAGUGUAGAUUUUGUGAGCGUGACUCACUGAGAGAUCUGUAUAGUGCCGUUUUUUGAUGGCGUAUGAUGUAGUCCUGUGCAACAAGGCUUGUAUAGUGUACAUAGGUUGUGUAAAUGUAUGAACAUUGUUCCAAGUUGUAGUGCAAAAUACCAAUUUGAUACUGGGUCCUAGUGCUUACUAUUUUACAAGUUGAAUGAAUAUUGAAAGCAUUGUCAGUGUAUAACAUGAGGCUGAUUUUUGUGGCUGUGGACAGAUUCAGUUAAGGCCCUUUCCCUGAGCACAGUUGAAAUUAAACCCCUCCAUUAAUGGUACAACCUGACAAAAAUCAGUCCUCAUACCAGUACUGUCAGACUGUACCAUUAUAGAAGAAAGGGAUAACAAUGUGUACUGGCAAAGGCUCUUUAUGUGCUGCCUUUAGAAUAUGUUAGUGAUAUUUUUUAUGUUAAUGUUCCACCUGAAAAAAGACUCUUGCAGGACAAGAUGCUGAGCUUAGUUCAUUUUGCUUACAUUUCUUGGUAGAGAAACUUAGAAGAUGAAGUAGCGAACUUUAGCAAAGAAGUUGAAACUCCCCAAGGAAAGAUGUUGCAGUGUUGUUUGGAUAUAGAGCAGCGCAAACAUUGCUCAUCUUGUGAGGUAAAAACAAACAUCUUUCCCCGUCAAGUCUGGCUGACAUUGUUGUCAACUGAUUACUCACAAAUUGCAAAACCUAGAGUUGACUCACUUAAACAAAAGUCGUUAAAUAGUUGUUUGAGUGAAACAACUUUGAGGUGAUUAUUCAAAGUUGAACAAUGGUAGUCAUUUUUGAAUCAGGAAAGACCCAGAUUCCUGGAAUUGGCUUCCAACUUACCUUAUAAGGACAUGGGUAGUGAAGAGUCAGAAUUUCUUAAUGUUAGAUGAAUAGAUGCUGCCCAGUAGCCAAAAAGUUUAAGUACAUCUUUUGUUGCUUCAAAGCUAAUUUUAUGUCACAUUACAGUCUUUUUUUAUUCUUUAGAAAACCGGCAGCACAUAAAAAUAGCUUUAAUCUGAAUUGUCACAGCCAAGACAGCAUUGGUUGCUCCAGUACCAUAUUGUAUAUUCUUUUAGUAUUUAUUUGUACAAUUUCAAUGUUGCAGAUAUUUGUCUUCUUAUCCUUUGAGAGAUGUGUAUGAUAUUAUAUUAUGUGUAUUGUAAAGCCAUUUUUCUCUUAAGUUGAGAAAAAGUGCCGCAAUGCUAUGUCAGUGUCAACUCCUGUGUGUAGGUCUUUUAUCGAAACUCUUGGUGUAUGUUUUAUUAAUGACUGUUAUGUGCUGUAUGCAAAUGUAUGCAAAUGCAAGUCUCUUUGUUUUGUCAGAGUGUGCAAAUAUUUUUUUCCAUUCCAUUUUUGCAGGCAACUUAACAUGACUGUCAGAAUAUUGGAUUUUACACAUUUCUCUCAAAAAUUUCGAGAUGUAACCAACAAAGAGAAUGCAGUUCAAAACGCUCAGAAGCCAUGCACUUAAGUAGCUUCAGUAGAGGUUGAAAUAUGCACUUCUUCUUCCUACAUCAUAUUAUGAUAUUCGUGAAGUAGGCACUACUUAAGAGUGAUUAACCAAUUUGUUUUAGCAGUGGUUGUUUUUCCGUCAAGAAGCAGUGUGGAUUGAAAGCUGUUCUUGUCUCUAGUGAACCUCCAAACAUUGUUUUUACAGAUACAUGUUCUGUCUGCCUAAGUGCUUGUGCGGAUACAUGUAUCUGUUGUUUUUUUAAAGUCGUGAGCAGUUGCCUGCAAAUGCUUUGUGUACGUAGAGCCUGUCAAAGUUGUAAGGAGUUGCCCAAAGUCGGCAUCCCAUGCCGUCUUGGAUCCGAGCAACUCCUGUAUAUCAGUGGGAAUGCUGUAUGGUAUACAAUGUAGUAUACGUCUGAAUGUACGGAAUGGCCAGCAUUCUUUGUUUUUAGAAGCUGCUACUGACAAACCCAAUAUAACAUCAUGUAGGCUACCCAGGGCCCCAAAACAAUCAUGACAAAAAUGUGAAAAUUGGCAUCUGUUGUAUUUUCAUCUUAUGUGUUUGUACAGAAAACCAUUUUUUUUUAAUUGCAAACUUCUCUGACGAAUGUUAAGUUUCUCCCAUGUGUGAGCAAUACAUGCUCUUCAGAUGAUCAACAACUCAUUCCCACAGAAAAGCAUAGUGUAUGGAAAUAUGGAAAAACAUGCUAGGCUUUACUUCUUGUCUUUUAGCAUUGAAGAUGGAAACAGGGUUCUCAUACUAUAGGUGUCUCUGGUAACUUCACUUUGGCAACUGCUGUAUUGUAGCAGGUUUCAUAUCAGUCACUCAACGUUCUUCUGACAGUUUUUGUCAAUUUCCUUGGUUUGGAAACAUUUAUUUAAAAUGACACAAGCAAUAUUAAAAGAAAUGUCUUGACAAUGUAUUUUUGAACGUAGUUGGAUAUUUUCUUUUAUUAUUUCAGUAUUUUCUUUUUGGUGUAGAAAAAUACUGUUUAAUUCUGGACUUUAAUUUUGGGAUUUUUUUUCGAAGUCCAAAAUUGAAGACUUUUAUGAGGAGAACGUUGUUAGUUUCGAUGGAAACCUUUUAUGAUUUUUGCUGUUGUCACUAUUAAGGGUAGCUUCUGAUUGCUGUAGAAGGUACAUGAGCAAUAUAUCAGCCUGACUACUAGUUUUGUUGUAUGAAUGCCGUAUGUAUUUCUGUAAUAAAACCCACGCUGGUUGUGAACGUAA